GUCACAGCAGCGAGCACGACACUGACCGACAGCCGGGAAAAAAAGUCGACAUGGGGAUCGCCGCAGCCGCCGCCGCCGCCGCCGCCAUUCUUGCCCUUUGCGCCAGCGCCUCGGCGCAGUUCAAGUGUCCCGAGCCCAAGGGCUUCUUCGCGGAUCCCGAGCAGUGCGACCUCUAUUACGCCUGCGUCGACGGCCAGCCGGAGGAGAGGCUCUGCAAGGAUGGCUUGGUCUUCAGGGACGACAAUCCCAAGAAGGAGCUUUGCGACGUGCCGGGCAACGUCGAGUGCGGCGACCGGACCGCUCUGCAGGAGCCGCAUCCAUCGGCAAUGUGCCCGCGUGCCAAUGGAUACUUCAAGCACGAGGAUCCCGCGUCCUGCGAUAAAUUCGUCAACUGCAUCGACGGCGUCGCUCAAGUAAUGCCAUGUCCACCGGGUCUCGUCUACGAGGAGAAGAAAUCCGGCUGCGUGUGGGCGCCGGACGCCACGCGGCCGUGCCACGACGCCAAACGCGAGGUUCUCGACGACGGUUUCAGCUGCCCGGUCGGCGACGUCAUCGGACCCGGCGGUCGCGUGCUGCCCCACCCGACGUACCCGCAUCCCGAGGACUGCGCCAAAUUCUACAUCUGCCGGAACGGCAUGGUGCCGCAGAAGGGUCAGUGCGAGGAAGGCCUCGUCUACAACGAGGACAUCUUCAGGUGUACCGAGCCUGAAAUCGUUCCUGGAUGUGAGGACUACUACAAGGGCAAAAACUAGGAUGCGCGAGGGAAGCCGAAGCCACUCUCGAGAGACGUCACACGUGACCGAGCUGCUGCCGCUGCUGCUAUGGCUGGGACAGCUGCGUCCAACUUGUAGUCGCUAAGCUUGCGCUUCGUUGCGCAAUCGUUCUCUUUCAUUGCCACACUUUGAACUGAGUUAUUUACCCGACGGCCGACUGAAAAUUUCUAAAGAAAGUUACGUGCAACUUCAUUGAUGUAGCCAAUAAGUUAUUCCAUAUGUGCAUCUUCGAACUAUAUACUACUUCGCACGAAUUAUAUACAUAAGUAACUUUAUUUAUAA